UGCUUUGCUAAUAUGCAAGAGGUUGGUGACAUGGCCACGGAUGUGGCCGAGCCCGUGGUCCCUGAGUGCAGAGGGGACGGCAGGAGCGGAGCCAGGUCCGAUGCUGAUUAUCCCCUGAGGGUGCUCUACUGUGGAGUCUGUUCGUUGCCAACAGAGUACUGUGAAUACAUGCCUGAUGUGACUAAAUGCAGACAAUGGUUAGAAAAGAAUUUUCCAGAUGAGUUUGCAAAACUUACAGUAGAAAAUUCACCUAAACAGGAAGCUGGGGUUGGAGAAGGCCAAGGAAAUGUGGGAGGAGGAGAAGAAGAGGAGAAGAAGAAGCAAAAGAGAGGUGGAAGAGGUCAGAUAAAACAGAAGAAGAAGACUGUACCACAGAAAGUUACAAUAGCUAAAAUUCCCAGAGCAAAGAAAAAAUACGUCACGAGAGUGUGUGGCCUUGCCACAUUUGAGAUUGAUCUUAAGGAAGCACAAAGGUUUUUUGCUCAGAAAUUUUCCUGCGGUGCCUCAGUAACAGGAGAAGAUGAAAUCAUCAUUCAGGGGGACUUCACAGAUGACAUUAUUGAUGUCAUCCAGGAGAAGUGGCCUGAGGUGGAUGAUGACAGCAUUGAAGAUCUUGGAGAAGUCAAGAAGUGAUAGUGGAGGACUACCUUUAUUUAAUUAUAUGGUUAUAAAUGAUAUAGCAAAAGUGAGGCUUCUAAAUCCAUUUGCUCUGCAGUGAAACUGUGGAGAACCCAUGUCCAUGGCAUUCUCACUGUUCUGUAUAGGCUGCUUGGUUUUCUUUUUUGUUUUUGGGGUUUUUUUUGUGAUAUUUGCCAAAGUUAAAUUGGGGUUCUACCAUGCUUAAGCAUGAAGUAGAUUUAAAUAAAAUUACUGUUCCUCACUGAA